AUAGUGCAGUACACUUUACACAGUAGUACAUAAACAUAAUGAGUUCAGACAAGAUCAACGUUUUUCCCUCCAGAGGUGCACAGACCACGAUGAAGGGUCGACUGAAGGGUGCACAGAAAGGCCAUAGCUUACUGAAGAAGAAGGCUGAUGCUCUGCAAAUGAAGUUUAGAAGUAUUCUCAAGAAGAUCAUUGACACCAAGCAGACCAUGGGCGAGAUCAUGAAGGAAGCCUCCUUCUCUCUAGCUGAAGCAAAGUUUGCAUCUGGUGAUUUCAACCAUGCUGUACUGCAGAAUGUAAACAAAGCACAGAUAAAGAUCAAAACAAGGAAUGACAAUGUUGCUGGGGUGAAUCUCCCAGUAUUUGAGGCCUAUCAGGUAUUUGUUAUGAUUAAAGGUUACAGCCGGGACACUUUCUUGCCCCUCCUCAUUAUUCAUUAUUGCAUUAUACAGAGUAAAAUUCUUAUCCCUGUAACAAAUCUAGACGCGAUUACUAUACUCAAAGUCUAAUAAAGAACACACUUA